UUGUCUUUUUCACUCACCUUCCUCUUCAUUUUAUUUUUCCUUUCAUUGUUAUUCAUUCUUUCCUUUUUUUUCUUUUACUAUCUUUUUCACAUUUUCUUUCCCGCUCUUCAUUUCUUCUUUCUUAUGUCUCUCUCUCUCUCCCUCUCUCUCUCCCUCCUCUCUCUCCCUCUCUCUCCCUCCUCUCUCUCCCUCUCACCAUCUCUCUCACCCUCUCUCUCCCUCUCACCAUCUCUCUCUCACCCUCUCUCUCUCCCUCUCUCUCUCCUCAUUCUUUUUCUUUCUUUCUGCUUAAUUUAUAUCAUGUUUUUUUUUCUUUUUUACUUUCCCUCUCUCUGUUUCUCUCUGCCUCUCUCUUUCUAUUUUCUUUUCCCUUUCUUUUUCUCUUUCUGUCACUGGGGUUCCCCAUUGUCUUACUUCCCUUUUCUCUUUUUUUAUUGUCUAUUUCUCUCUCCUUUUCUAUUUCUCUCUCCUUUUCUUUCUUCAUUUUCCUCAUUCCUAUUUUUGUAUUUUCAUUCAUUCAUUCAUUCGUUCUUUCUUUCUUUCUUUCUUUCUUUCUUUCUUUCUUUCUCAUGUUUAGCUCUUUUUCUAUUUCUCUCUUCCUCUUUGUCUUUCAUUUCUUCUCUUUUUAUAUCUCUCUUUUUCAAACUUUAUCUCUUUUCCCUCGCACAAUUUUCUUCUCCUUCUCACUUGUAUUUCUUCUCUCUUUCUCUUUUCUUUUUCUUUUUCGUUAUCUCCUUUUCUCUUUCCUAUAGAAUUCUCUCUCUCUCUCUCCCUAUCUCUCCCAUUCUAUUUCUUACAUUCUUUUAUUUACCCUUCUCCUUUUUCUUUCUUUUCCUUUAUUUCCGUCUCUCUUUUCCCUUUCUUUGCACAAUUCUUCUUCCCUCUCUCUAUUCUAGUUCUAUAUGUGGUUUUAUUUUUUCUUUAUUCCCUCCCACACCACCUCUUCCCUACUUUAUCUCUCUCUCUCUCUCUCUCUCUCUCUCUCUCUCUGUGUCUCUCUCUCUCUUCUUUCUUAUUUCUUUCUAUGCAUUUAGUUUCCUUCAUUCUUUUUAUCAAUCUCACUUUCUCUUUUUUAUUUCUCUUCCCAUAUAUCUAUCCCUAUGUUUGGUCAUUCUCUCUUCGGCUUUUCUCGCUCUCUCUCUCUCUUUCACUCUCCCUCAAACUCACAUAAUUCUUAUUCUCUCUCUCUCUCUCUCUCUCUCUCUCUCUCUGUCUUUCUUAUUUAUUUUUCUUUUUGUCUUUCUCUUUUUACUUUUUCUUUCUCCCCAGGCACUUUUCUUUCCUUUAACGUUUAUCUUCCUCCCACUCUGUCAUAUUUCUUUUUAUUCUCUUUCUUUUUUAUUUUCUGUCUCUCUCCCCACCUAUGUCUUCCUCCCUUAG